AUGUUUAUCACAGUGAUGUUUGGAGCCGGCUGCCGGGAGCUGGUGAACCCCUGGUGCAGCCUGGUGACUCUCACUGCCCACCUAAGGCAGAAGGGGCGGGUGUCUCCGGAUGCGACCAUCGGCCUCCUGGCUGAGGAUGGGCACCUGGUGAUCCUGAGCAGAGACCUGGAGGAGGGAGCUUCCCGGGCUCCCUCCACAGGCAGCGCCCUGCUGCAGGAGCGUGGGAACUAUGUCCUUGUGCAGAUCAUUCAUGGGGAGGGUGGGGCCCCCACUCGCUAUGAGUCCCUCCUGGAAAACCUGGAUGACUGGUGUCCAGAGCUGGCAGAUGAUCUGCGCUGGCUGUCGGGCCUACCCACAAUGGGCAACAGACGGAGGAGGCGUACUGGCACUCGGCGCGGCCACCAGGAGCAAGGCCCUCCUUCAAGGCCCCAAAGGCUGGGCUCUCUGCUAUCCAGGACCCGCUAG